GAGAAAAACGAGAGUUACACAAAUUGGGAUAUGACUCCGAAGUCCAAAUUGAGCUCAAGAUCGUAGUUUCGACAAAAUUCUCCCAAGUUUUGUAGUUUAAUCGAGAUGGACUCAAUCGUUGGUGAUCAGGUUAAUGAUUUGGAGGGUUUUAGGGGUUCUAUUGAUGAAAUUCUUACCAGAGUUCACAAGAUUGAGAAGCAAUUGGUCGAGGUUGAACAGUUCUGUAAUGUUCAAGUUAAUAAUUCUAAAGGUUGCUCUGUUGUAAAAGAGAAGGGUGGGGAGAAGCAUCUUGUUGGCACUAAAAAGCCGCCGCAAGAUUCGUCCCGAACAGAAACUGCUGCUGCAAAGAGAAUGCAAGAGCUUAUGCGCCAAUUUUCCACAAUAUUGCGUCAGAUUACUCAGCAUAAAUGGGCUUGGCCCUUUCUGGAUCCUGUAGAUGUAGAAGGUCUUGGGCUUCACGACUAUUAUGAGGUUAUUGAUAAGCCCAUGGAUUUCAGUACGAUAAAAAGUAAAAUGGAAGCUAAGGACGGCAGUGGCUAUAAGAAUGUCCAGGAGAUAUACGCAGAUGUAAGGUUGAUAUUUAAGAAUGCAAUGAAAUACAACAAUGAAAAACAUGAUGUCCACGUUAUGGCAAAGACAUUGCUGGAAAAAUUUGAGGAGAAAUGGCUGCAACUUUUACCUAAAGUUGCUGAAGAGGAAAAGAGACAGUUAGAGGAAGAAGCACAGGCACAACAAGACAUGCAGCUUUCUCAGGAAACCAGUUAUGCCAAUAUGGCUAGGGAUUUAGGCAUUGAGCUCUCUGAGAUUGAUAUGCAUUUGAAGAGUCUCAAAGAAAUGGCGAUUCAGAAGUUCAGGAAACUGUCUACUCGAGAGAAGAAAAUGCUUGGGAUAGCUCUCGUGAAAUUGUCUCCUGAAAAGGUCGACAGGGCAUUGGAGAUAGUUGCUGAGAAUAACCCAAGCUUCCAAUCUACUGUUGCACAGGUGGACCUCGACUUUGAAGCUCAGAGCAACUACACUUCGUGGAAGUUAAAGGUUUUUGUAAAAGAUGCACUAGAAGUUCAAGGAAACAUUUCUGGGGUCGUAGCUGUUAACCAUAAUGAUAACAGUGACGACAAGAAAAACAACUUCAAAAGGAAGAGAGAAUUUUGUGAUUCUUAUGCCAAGACAAAUGUAAAAAGGACUAGGAAACUAUCUACUCUCUGAUUCACUAGUGUGAUUGAGCCAAAGUUGUUGAUUGUCGUAUACCUGAUUGUUGAUUUAUUUGAUUGCAUGGUGUGGAAUUAUCCUCCUUUUUUUUGCCAUUUAAAG